AUGCCUGCUGAACGCCCUCGAUCACUGCCUUCAGAAGACACCCAGAACCCCGGAGCGGUCAGCGAGGAGCGACUGCUUGCGCAACCCGAGCCUUGCGUACAUCCGGCCCGGGCUGCAGCGGGCCCUCACCACCCUCAGCCUUCCCUACCACGCCAAGCACCACCAAGACCACAUCAUCCUCGACACCAACGGCAACACUCCCAGCGAGCGAAACCCCACGUCAUCACGAUCCCUCCGGGCAGCAGGGCACGGAUAGAAGAAUCCAAGCACGACUGGUCCGACGAAGAUCGGACCCCGUCGAACAGCUCGCACAGUUUCGGUGGCGACAUCGAGAAGAGAAGCCAUGACAUGAGCCACGGGUCGAGGCGCUCUCGAAGCUCGGGAGUGAUUACCGGCGUCCUGUUCGACGACCGAGAGGAUGUCGAGAACAUGCGCGACCCCGCCGCAAGCUCGGAAGCGGAGGAACACACCGUGCGCGUCCUCCUCUUCCUCUCCGGCCCCGUCGUUCUCCUCUCCUUCUUCAACGUCCUCUGGCUCCUCCUCGCCCUCCUCAUCACGGUCCUUUCGCAACCCUUGCGCCUCUGCUGGUCCGGCUGUACCUUCAGCCAACAACUCUCCGGCCUCCUGGCCCCAACUCUCAAUCUCCAACUGCGAGGAAUCUACACCGCCAUCACUCCUCCAUCUACGGCAACGGCCGGCCGCGUGUACAACACUUCCAUGAUGGUCGUUGUGCACCUCCUCUCGCCCUUUGUCAGCUUCGCCGUCAUGUUCGCAUCGUGGACACUGGCGAUCUACUGGCUGUCUUCCGCUAUGGUUGGCGAUCCCGCCGGCCAGGACAAGCGAGACGACGGCAAGGAGACGGUGUUGGCUCUGCGGAGCUGGUGGGAGCGGUGGCUGAUGCGGAGCUUUAAUCUACAGUAA